AUGGUUUCUGCUUCUACUGUAGUUUCAGUAGAGGAGGAGAAACCGGGGAGCUUUAUCGUUUUCAUGUUGAAAUCUACGAAACCCCGGACUUUCUCCACCCAUUAUCACUGGUAUUCAUCCAUCAUUCGUACACUUUCUCCUAUCUCUAACCACUCAAAAUCAUCAGAGCUGUUGUACACCUAUGAACGUGUUGCCUAUGGUUUUUCUGCACGCCUCACGCCCUCCCAAGCGUCUCAACUACGAAACGUUCCUGGAGUGAUCUCUGUCCUUCCGGAUCACGUCCACCAGCUCCAAACCACCAGGGCCCCUCAAUUCUCAGGCUUAACUGACUCAUCUGGUCUCUGGCCACACUCUGAUUACGGAGCUGAUAUUAUAGUGGGUGUUGUGGACACUGGAAUCUGGCCGGAAAGGGCUAGCUUCUCGGGUGAGGGUCUAUCUCCCAGGCCUGAUAGUUGGCUGAGCAAGUGCCAAGUUGGUCCAGAUUUUCCGGCGACUUCGUGUAAUAAUAAAAUCAUUGGUGCCCGUGUUUUUGAAUCAUCAUUAUCACCCAGAGAUACGGACGGCCAUGGCACACACGUUGCCUCUAUUGCAGCUGGAUCUAUUGUUGAAAACGCUAAUCUUUUCGGAUACGCAGAGGGUGAAGCCAGAGGCACAGCGGUAAAAGCCAAAAUAGCAGUUUACAAAGUUUGCCUGGGCUCAGGCUGUUCCGAUUCCGAUAUUCUUGCUGCAAUAGAUCAAGCUGUUAUAGACGGUGUGGACGUGGUUUCGCUUUCGAUUGGUGUCUCAGCUAGGCCGUACUAUGAGGACCCCAUUGCAAUUGGAGCUUUUGGUGCGGUGGAGUAUGGUGUGAACGUCGUCUGCGCUGCUGGAAAUGAUGGCCCCAAUGCAUACACUGCUAGGAACAUCGCGCCAUGGAUGUUCACGGUUGGGGCUUCUACUAUUGAUAGGGAAUUCCCGGCUGUGGUGACACUAGGGGAUGGCAGGACCUUCACUGGAACUUCCUUGUACUCCGGCGUACCACCAAGCCCAAACCCAGUUUCAGUGGUCUACGGCGGUGACGCCAACAGCCUUUACUGUCGUUCCGGACAACUUGACGCUUUAAAAGUCAUUGGCAAGAUCGUGUUUUGUGAGCCAGGAAACGGUACUUCCGUUGUUGAUAAAGGCGUUGCUGUAUUGGGGGUUGGUGGCUAUGGAAUCAUCAUCCCUAACCCACAAUCCACAGGCUUCGAGCUUGUGGCCAAUGCUGAUAUGAUCCCCACCGCAGUCGUUACCGUAGCCGACGGAGACAUAAUCCGGGAAUAUGUAAGGUCGUCUCAAUUCCCAACUGCUAAAAUUGAAUUCAAGGGAACAGUAAUCGGAACUUCUCCGUCUGCACCGCGUGUGGCCGCUUUCUCAAGCCGGGGGCCCAAUUACUUGACGCCUGAAAUUCUCAAACCAGAUGUGAUUGCACCAGGAGUUAACAUUCUAGCCGCCUGGAUUGACACAAAAGGCCCCUCCCAAACCUCCACUGAUUAUAGAAGAACGGAGUUCAAUAUUAUGUCCGGCACCUCCAUGGCAUGUCCUCAUGUUAGUGGGUUGGUUGCCAUGAUUCAAAAGCUCUAUCCACUUUGGGACCCAGGUGCCAUCAAGUCUGCACUCAUGACAACAGCUGUCACUGUGGAUAAUUCCGGGAGGAGUCUCAUAGAUCUUUCCACUGGACAAACAUCCAUGCCCUAUUACCAUGGAUCUGGACACGUUGAUUCAACCAAGGCAGCAGAUCCCGGUCUGGUCUAUGAUACCGGAAUUAGUGAUUAUGUGGAUUUUUUAUGUACCAUUGGGUAUGAUAGCCAGAAAAUCGCGUUGUUCCUGCGGGAUGGUCCUCCAGUGAAUUGCAGCAACCGAAAUUUGGGUAAUCCUGGCUCUCUAAAUAUCCCUUCCUUUUCCGUUGUUUUCAAUAAUAAUCUCAGGACAGUAAAGUACAAGAGAAUGGUUAAAAAUGUUGGAAGCAUCAAGAACCCUGUUUAUAAUGUAGCUGUGACUAUUCCUUCCAACGUUCUUGUGACUGUGUCACCAACCAGCCUGGUGUUUAGUGAGACAAAUAAUAUACUAUCUUAUGAGGUAACUUUUACAAGCGUUACACCAAUUGACUCGGUAUUCGGCUCAUUAGUCUGGAGUGAUGGGACGCAUGCCGUUCGUAGCCCAAUAGCUGUGAUUUGGCAAGGAGUGACUUUGCAGUCUGAAAUCUAAAUGUACGCAUAAAUUGGUCUAGUCUAUUUCUAUGUAGCCCAUAUAAUAAAUAAUAUGGUGC